AUCAUUUAACAACAUGUAAUUAAUUAAAUUUAUGCAUGAUUUAUUAUUAUAAAAUUUAAUAUUUCGUGUUAAUAAUUAGUUCUUUUUUUUAUAAAUACAUUGUUGUUAAUCAUUCAUUGUUUCGUUUAGUGUUUUAUAAACCAUAAAAAUUGGGUUAUGGUUCACUCAAAUUUUCAAACUUGAAAUGUCUGGUGACCAUAAAACUGUGAUAAAAGGUAGCCCAUCACAGUAUGUAAAAUUAAAUGUUGGUGGUUGUUUACAUUAUACGACAAUUGGUACAUUAACUAAAAAUGACACAAUGCUUCGAGCUAUGUUUAGUGGUCGUAUGGAAGUUUUGACUGAUUCUGAAGGUUGGAUUCUAAUUGAUCGUAGCGGAAAACAUUUUGGUACAGUGUUAAAUUUUUUACGAGACGGUUCAGUACCAUUACCAGAAAGUUGUAAAGAUAUGGCAGAGUUAUUAGCUGAAGCGAAAUAUUAUUGUAUUGCUGAGUUAGCAGAAUCAUGUGAACAAGCACUUUUAAAGAAGGAACGUGAAGCAGAACCAAUAUGUCGAGUACCUUUAAUUACUUCACAAAAAGAAGAACAACUUCUAAUUGGCUCAACUACAAAACCUGUUGUCAAGUUGCUCAUAAAUAGACAUAACAAUAAAUAUUCAUAUACAACCACAUCCGAUGACAAUCUAUUAAAAAAUAUUGAAUUAUUCGAUAAACUAUCAUUACGUUUUAGUGGCCGUGUAUUAUUUAUAAAAGAUGUAAUCGGUUCUAGUGAAAUAUGUUGUUGGAGUUUUUAUGGUCAUGGUAAAAAAGUAGCAGAAGUAUGUUGUACGUCAAUUGUAUAUGCAACAGAUAAAAAACAUACAAAAGUUGAAUUUCCUGAAGCACGAAUUUAUGAAGAAACAUUAAAUAUACUUUUAUAUGAAAAUCGUAAUGGACCUGAUCAAGAAUUAAUGCAAGCGACAUCAAGUCGAGGCGCUGUUACUGGUAUGUCAUCGUAUACGAGUGAUGAAGAAGAAGAACGAUCCGGUUUGGAAAGAUUACGCUCAAAUAAGUAGUAUCACGCUUGGCGAUCGGCCAUUUUAAAUCAAUACUCAAAAUGGCGAAUGUGAUGUUAUCAAAGAUGAUAAAAAAAAUGUGUUUUGUUUCUUUUUCUUUUUUUUUUUUGUACG